AUGCAAGCUAAAUGUAUUCAGGAAACCGAACGGUAUGCAGAAAGCACACAAAAACGUUUAAAUGUGCAAGGAAAGUAUAAGGACCUUCGAAUUGUUUUGACUAGAAUCGACGAGAACGAUUUACCCGUCGCCCGAAGGACUCGAAGCAAUUCUAUGUACAAACAGAGUGUCUGGAUGUUACAUAAACCUGCUGAAGAUUGUUCUAUGCAAGACGACAUGCAGUCGCGGAGGACUCGUAGGAAAAGUGUGGGUUCUCGAACGCAGCUUGAAACCAUAACAACCUCCCAAACACUAACAAAGGGACGCACGAAGAGAGCUAAAAGCAUGUCAUGUAAAAGAACUCGGGUUAACUCGUCGAAGAAAAAGAAAGAUGUUUCCUCAAUCCCAAAGUCGCACUGCAAUUCUCCGAACAAGCUCACCGUAGACGAAGCCGAUCGAGGCAGUAGCAUGUAUCUUUCAGACACCGAGGAUGGUGCUAUUAAUAUGCAGCCAUUGACGAAGAAGUUCCGUAAGGCUAACGAUAAUGAUGAAGUACAUUGUCAAAGUAAAUUUAUGUUUAAUUGUUGCCUGUGUGAAUAUAGUGGAAGCAACAUGGUCGACCACUACGUAAGCAAACAUCCAGAUCAGGAGGUGUUCAUCAGUCGCGUUUUACCUGAUCAAGCCGACGUAAUAAGAAAGCAACCAUCUGCCGUACACGGAAAAUGUGUCGUUUUGGGUAAAGUUCGGCGGUCCAUAUCAUGCCUGUGUUUGUUUUGUGAGAUUGUCUAUGUUUUAACACCGAAUGAAUGGAUCGAGCAUAUUGCUCGUCACACAGGAGAGUUUGGGUAUUGUAACGAGACCAAAACCUCGAUAAAAGUAAAUAGCGACAUUGAGUUUAGUUCUAAUCACAUGUAUGCUCACAUGUGUGAUAGGUGCAAUUUUGUGCAA